UUAUCGAUCCUCUGCGUCCGUUUUAUUUCCUCAUGUUAUCACGGGUUUCCGUAACGCGGUUGAUGCAAUACAUUUCUAGUGGUUAAUUUUCUUGUGAUGCCUCUCUUUCUGUUCAUUGCAUCGUUCCCUCAAGUGAAAAUUUAGUCCAGAGUAUUACAACUUCAUCACUACCAUGAUCCAAUAUUUUUACGAGAGCCUUCAUUUUUUAUUUUUCUUAAGGAUUUACUUAGGAUUUUUAAUAAGUGGAAUGAAUUACCCGGCACAUUUUUAGUUCCUAAAGAUCAAUACUGACGAAGAUGGAUCUAUGUGAGGCUCAAAACCUCACUUCAAUGGCAAACUAAGGUUUCAAUCACGGCAUAGAUAAAGCAGCUUCAGUGAAAUGAACACAACCAAAAAAUGCUUCUUCUGUUCAUUUUAUCUUGGUUGAGCAUCAUUCAAGCAUGGAGCACAAGUGAACAUGACACCAAUAUGUAUCGGAGCUGUCCGCGACUUGUGCAUAAAAUUUUCACCAAGUAUGCACCACGAGGAAACUUCUCUGUAAACAUCUAUGCCAAACAACUCGAAGCUCACACAAUCAAAGCGUGCACUUUACUUUGCUGCAUUACAGACGGUUGCAAUGUAGCCUUUAUGCACAAACAAAGUUGCUAUCUUGUGACCUGCCUUAAAGAUGAAUACUGUUACCCGAAUUAUCUGUAUGAUGUACCAGACGAAACAGCCAUGGUUUUGGUGAAUCCAGUUACCACUGAUACAUGGAGUGAUGCACUAGAUUCUUUUGCAAACUAUGAAAGUACUUACAAUGAUCACUUAGUGGCUGAUGAAACAGAAAUUCAAGAAGAGAAAUUCAAAAUCUGCACAGAUGACAGUGAUUGUGGAGUAAACAAAGAAUGUAAGCAGUUUGCAGGGUUUGAUGGAAGUAGCUGUGUGUGUAGACAAGGUUACAUGUACAAUUCCACAUCUGACGCGUGCACUGCACUAGCAUCCUCAACUCAAGAAAUUUCUGCUUUACCACAAGUUAAUAACCUUAAACCUGGCCAUUUGUCAUCCGUAGGGAACUUGGGAUAUCUUGAAGGGCAGUCCGAAUCCAAAGAGAUAAAGAAUAAGCCAAUCAAGCAUAUCACUGUCUCUGCCACCUCAAAACAGAUUGAGCUGCCCCAGAAUUCUGCUACAUUAUCUGCCUUCACAGUUCCAAUAGAGGAAGAAGGAGGUCAUCCAUACAAGUACAAGUGGACCAAAGUAUCUGGAGGCAGUAGUGGAAUAAUGACUGAUCAAAAUGAAAGCACACUCAAACUGUCUAAUCUUGUUGCUGGCUUGUAUACAUUUAAAGUUGCAGUGUCAGGUGAUGGUGCCUAUGGUGAAACUUUUGCCAACUUGACUGUUCUCCCUCCAAAGAGAUUAAACCAACCACCUGUAGCCAUGAUAGUUCCCAGCCAUUCAACAAUCAAGUUACCCAAUACUGUGGCAGUGUUAGAUGGAUCCAGCAGCAAAGAUGAUGCCAAAAUAAAAAAUUACCAUUGGGAACUGCAGCAAGGACCGUUGCAGUACGAACCCCAUUUGUCAGAUUCACCAACCCUUCAGAUCAAUGAUUUGCGUUUUCCGGGCAAUUAUACAUUUAAAUUAACAGUUGAAGAUUCCGAUGGAGCCACAAAUUCUACUACUGCCAAUAUAACAGUCGAAAAAAUCCCUGACUGGCCUCCACAAGCAAACCCAGGUCAGAAUGUUAUUCUGUACCUUCCUCACAACAACAUCACUCUAAACGGGAGCCUAAGCACCGAUGACCAUGGCAUCAUUUCAUGGGAAUGGACCAAAAGCCCUUCAGCCGUGAAAGCAGUUGACAUGCAGAACACAAGAACGCCGUAUUUAAAAUUGUCAAACUUAGAGGAAGGCAUUUACACUUUUGUUCUCAAAGUGAUGGAUGCCUCCAACCAAACCUCAGAAGGUGAAGUCCAUGUGUUUGUCAAAACUCCAACAAACAAACCGCCUGUCGCUCGUGCUGGAUCCAAUUUGACAAUAUCCUUACCUCAAACGUGGACUACCCUUGAUGGAUCGAAAAGUACCGAUGAUGUAGGCAUAGUAUCCUGGAAAUGGGAAUCUAUAAGUGGUCCAAGUACCGUGAAUUUUCAACAAAACAAUGCCUCUCUAGUUAACGUUACUGGUCUGACCAAAGGUGAUUAUCAUCUUAGAUUAACUGUGUUUGAUAAUAAUGGCAAUGCUGCAUCUGAUGACGUUUUCAUAACAGUUACACAAAACAAAAAUGCCCCUCCAAAAGCUAACGGUGGUGGUGAUCAGACUGUGAUAUUACCUAUAAAUUUUGUCGUUUUAAAUGGGUCUGCUUCUUCAGAUGAUUUAGGAAUUGUCAAGUGGGAAUGGUUUAGAGAACCCUCAAGUUUAGCCCUAGGCACAAUUAUUCUUAAUUCAGACAAAUCGCCCAUUGUCAUGCUGACAGGCCUUGUGGUGGGAAGGUACGUUUUUAGAUUAAAAGUGACAGACGAUCAUGGUGUGUCAAGUGAAGAUACAGUCUCAAUCAUUGUAAAACCAGAUCCAUUCCUACUGUCGCUGGUGGAGUUGCGAAUUAAUGUUGCUGCAACAAUGUUAACAAGCAGUCAAGCAGAUUGUGUUGUUUCUCGACUUGGAAUUUUGCUUGGGAAAGACAUUGUCACGAGAGGCUGGCAGGCAGAAUCGCCCAGUUACCAUGUCCUUCUAACAUUUUAUGCUUCAAAUCAGUCUGCAACAGAAGUCGUCUCAAUCUUGAGACAUAAGUUAUAUCAAGAUCCGGGAUUACUUCAGUUGCCUGUUGUCAGCGUCAACACUGCUGUUUGUCAAAACAACUGCUCUGGUCAUGGAUUAUGUGAACAAGAAACUAGGUUAUGUCUGUGUGAAGCGUUCUGGAUGAAUGAUCUCUUCCGGCGAUACUUAGGGGAUGGAGAGUCUAAUUGUGAUUGGAGUAUUUUAUACGUUGUUGUAGCUUUAUUCGUGCUUAUAGUUAUUUUAGUAGCAGUUGUGUGGGGUAUUGUAUGUCUAUGCCAAAGAUCGUGUACUAAACAGUACAAGAAGAGAAGAAGCUAUUCCCUUAUCCAAAAUAAUAACCAUAGUGAGGAAAGGCUUGUUUUACCUGUCACUGAAUCCGAUUCUGACUCUGAUGUUCUCUUUGAAGCACGGAAGAGUAAUGGUCUGAGUAAGCCUGGCCGAAAGAGCUUUAAAAUGGAUCGAAGAAUCAACACAUGAACUGAAGAUUUCCCAUUUUGCCUUGACUUGAGUAUUAGUUCCAAAAAUGUUUUAACUUGUUUUUUGUACUAUAGUUUUAAGGCAACUCAUAAACCAGCUGGAUUGGUUUGUAAAUAUCUUUCUUCAUUUAUUAACUUGUCUGAAAGGCAAAAUACCAAGUACUUUUUAUUAUUUUUUUAUCAUUGCAGUCAACUUUCUCUAAGUUAUGUACUGUUUAAGUCUAAUUUUCUCCUAACGUAGACACUUUCAGAAAUCCCACCGAAUCUUAAUAAGGCUGAUAGGAGUAAUUCAUGGCUAACUCAAAUAGUAAUAAUUUACAGCUAACUCAAAUAGUGAUAAGACUGCGGAUACUGUAAACUUUUCCUGUGCAGUUCUUACUCUAGGAGCUGGGCCUAAAGCGAUUCCGAAGCCCCCUUUGAAUCAGGGAAUACCAGCUGCAGGAUUGCUAAACCUGUGACAGUGCAGACCUACAUAGAAUACCACCACCUUGAUUACCUGUAUAGUCGAAGGAAAACUGGGUCUUGCCAGGGUUUGACUCAUUGUCAGAGAAAGUUGACUGUAUCAUCAUUAUUUAUUAAUGUGUGUUGAAGAUUUAGGUUCAUAUGAGGUCUGUCCGGAAAGUAUCCGACCUCGUUGAUUAUCUCGCCAUCAACGGUUGAUAAGAGGUUGGGGCUUGAGAUCAUCUUUGCAGGGACUCUCCUGAGUGCAGGAGCAUAGCCGGAUUAUCACCUGUUGAACCAGUCGUUGGUAAUUUGCUGAUCAAUGCGUGCUAUUCUGCUGUGAUCGUCAGAUUUCGUUUUUCCUAAAAAAGAAGAAGUAAAGGAGAGUGGGGUGGGAAGAGUUUUUGAAGAAGAUCAUCACAAGGGAUGCUUCUUGGGUCUACGGGUACGACCCUCGGAUAAAAGUGCAAUUGUCAGUUUCAACCGCACGUGGGAGACCUUGCCUGUAGAAAGCUCGGAAGAGUCGCAGCAAUGUGAAGACAAUGUUGACUGUCUUCUUUGAUCAUGAAGGUGUCAUCCAUCAUGAAUAUGCUCCCCAAUGUUUCACUAUCAAUGGAGAGAGCUACCGAGAAAAUUUACACAGCUUAAAGUGUUGAAGUCUAAAAAACUAAAAACAGUGGAUGAAAAGAAAAAUCGUCCAUAUCUCACAAAGUAGGCUUUUUAUUUAUUGAACAAAAAGCAGAGAGAGAGCACAAAAGAACAUCUAGAGGUCACAUCCUCAUCAUAGUGAGAGACAAAAAACAAACAGAGCGCUCCAAGUGAGCGACUGGGGAAACCAAGAGACAAAUCAAGAUAAAAUAUCACUGAGUGCAUACUGACACCCUCCCUCGCUCUGGGAUAUUUUGAACCACAAAGGAAAUUUAAGAAAAAAAAAACUAACAAUUGAGGCAGUUACGGAAUAUCGGGCAAACAAGGAACAACAAUUUAAGACAAGGACUAAAGAGCAACACCAAAAAAAUUUACUCGCAGAACUCUGUUUAAAUUUGAAAGUUACAUUGAAAAUCAAAAGGAGACGCAAAGUGUCGCUUAGACAUUUAAGAUUAAUUUUGGUACAGUUGUUCUGUGUAAUUUCUGUAAAAAAACGAAAAAGAUUUUGCAAUAAGCCUCUAAGGAAAAAUAGAAAAACAGUUGAGAAACAAACGCAAAAUUAAUGCAAUAAAAAUAAUUAAUCAGUUACAAGACCAAGCAUUUGGGAAAAUUGCAAAGUUUGGAGGUUUGGUAAAGAGGUCAGCACAAUUUUCAUUACUAGGGAUAUAAACCGUGUCUAUUUCUCUCUCACUUACCAAUUCUCUAACAAAAGAGUAUUUUACAACAAAAUGCUUGCUUCGUUCUUUGACAGCGUCAUUCUGUGCAAUUGAAUUAGCACCCUGAUUGUCGCAGAAAAUUUGAAUAGGUUUACAGGGUAGUAAGAAACAAUGAUCUAUCUCUGCCAUAAACGUUUGGAGCCAUGUCAGUUCACAGGCGCACUCAUACAGUGCAAUAUAUUCCGCAUGGGUGCUGGAGCUCGCGACACAUUUUUGCUUGCGGCUUCUCCAUGACACUGCUCCGCCACCAAUUACCAAA